AUGGGAGCGGUGGUGAUUUCAAAUCGCCGAUGGUACCUUGGAGCGAUGAGCACAGCACGCACCGCGUUUGCUCCGUACCCUGUCACGCUGUUGCUGCUUUAUGCCGUACUCGGCAUCCUAACCGUUCGUUGCUUUGGUGGUGAAAACGAGUCCCUUAACCUGAGCGGCACCAACAAGAACGUGGCUAGUGGCAGGUGGGCCCAGUCCGUGAGCAACCGGCCGCAGCCCCGCGACUGCGCGCUCUCCGCCUGGUCCUCGUGGAGCAAGUGCGAUCCCUGUCAAAAGAAAAGGUACAGAUUUGCCCGCCUGGAACAACCUUCUCAGUUCAAUGGAGAUCCAUGCGAUUACUCUGACAAAGAAACUGAAGACUGUGUUACAAAUAAUCCUUGCAGGAGUAAAGUUAGAUGUGAAGGUUUUGUGUGUGCAGUUACAGGGAGAUGCAUUACACGGAGGCUGCUUUGUAAUGGGGAUGAUGACUGUGGGGACCAGUCAGAUGAAAAAAACUGCAAAAAAGUGUUUAAAAAAUGCGACCGGAAGAUGGAGCAAUACUGGGGAAUAGAGAAUCUGGCAAAAGGGUUAAAUAUCUUCACAAACAACUUGGAAGGAUUAGUUCUUGAUCACAGGUACUAUGCUGGGGGAUGUUCUCCCCAUUAUAUCAUGGACACAAGAUUCAGAAAGCCAUACAAUGUAGAAAGCUAUACACCAGAGACCAAAGGCAAAUUUGAAUUUACAAUGACUGAAUAUGACUCCUACGCAAAUUAUGAAAGCAGUGUCCUGAAGGCAAAAGCUUCGCAGUCUAGCUUCAGUUUUGGUAUAAAAAUACCAGGAGUGUUUGAACUUGGUUACAAUUCAAACGACAACAGGUUCAAGAAGUUCAUUCAAAGGAUGAAAAGAUUUUCUUCAACUUCCAGCAAAUUCAUUCAUGCCCGUUCUGAGCUGGCUGUUGCCGUUUAUAAGCUGAAGCCCCGAGCCCUGAUGCUGCAUUACGAGUUCCUGCAGAGACUCCAUCAGCUCCCGUCAGAGUACAGCUACGGGGAGUACAGGGAGCUCUACAGAGACUAUGGGACCCAUUACAUCACGGAGGCCACCGUCGGCGGCAUCUACGAAUAUACUUUAGUCGUGAACAGCAAUGAGCUCCGAAAGGCAG